GUUUGGCGUUUUCACCAGCAAUUCAUACGUUUACAAACACGCUACGCACCUAGUACAAACUACCAGGCUACUUUGAAGGAUUGCAGACCGUCUCAAUAUGUUUCCCGCACGAUGUUUGAGCGUUUGGCCAAAAUUGCAUUUGAACGUCGAAAAACCGUCAAGAACAACGCUCGUUGCUUGCAAGGGCGCUACACGUCAGCCUCGGUGCUCUGCAAGCAGACCGCAUACUGCCUGGUCCUACCAAUCAAACGCCUGCAACGGUUCUUGCCUGGGAAUCGUGGCAAAGGCUCAGGUGCCGGAAGGCAUGUUGUCUCGGGAGGAUGCCGACGGAACAGGGCCCGCGCCGACGCUGAACCAGCUACGCGUCAUCCCAGAGGGCUACUUAUCACAGGAGAGUGGCAGCGACACCGACUCUGAUGCUGGAAAGCCGCGCAACAUUCCGGAGGGCCUACUUUCACGCGAGGACAGCAACCCGGCAGCGGCUCCUCAUGCUGUGUCGGAGGGACUACUUUCUCGCGAAGACAGCGGCAGCAGCGCCAACCCAGUAGGCCGGCCUCGUGCCAUCCCGGAGGGAUUCCUCUCCCACGACAGCGACGGCGAUAGCUCGCCGUUGGCCGCCCUGGCCGCCAGCGCCGGGGCUGCUGCGGCGGCCGGCCCCGCGGCCGCUGCGCGUGCUGCGGUGGCGGCGGCCGUUGCCUCGGUCAGCCGUGUCCCGGUUCAGGGCGAGGGCGAAGGCCCUGCCGCGGCGGGCAUGCCGGAGGGGAUGCUGUCGCGGAUGGAUGAUGACGACGACGACAGCGAGAGCAGCAGCAGCAGCAGCAGCAGCUCCUCAUCGGACAGCAGCAAUGAGGAGGAUGAGGAGGAGGUGGUGGCGGCGCAGGGGGCAGCCGCGAUGACAGGCGCCCUGCUGCGGUCCAUUCCCGAGGGCGUCCUGUCCCACGAAGAGGAGGAGGGCGACGCCCAGGGUGGCAAGCAGGAGCGGCAGUAGCAGGGCAGCAGCAGAGGCAGUAGCAGGGGUAGCAGCAUGAGCGGCAGUAGCCGGAGCAGCAGCGGCAGGGCAGCGGCAGCGGCAGCGGCAGCGGCAGCGGCAGCGGCAGCGGCAGCGGCAGCGGCAGCGGCAGCGGCAGGGGCAGGGGCAGUAGCCGGAGCAGCAGCAGCGGCAGGGGCAGCAGCAGGGGCGGCAGCGGCAGUAGCAGGGGCAGAAGCAGCGGCGGCAGAAGCAGGGGCAGCAGCAGCGGGCGGGCGGUGCCUGAGGGCCUGCUCUCUCACGAGGACUCAACCCAAGCGACUGUCGCACGAGGACUCAACCCAAGCGACUGUCGCACGAGGACUGAACCCUGCUGUCGCACGAGGACUGAACCCGGCUCAAGCCACUGAGCAGGGGCAUGAGGCUGAGGGGCCGGCUGAUGAGGGGCCGGCUGAUGAGGGGCCGGACUGGAUGUGGAGGCAGGGAUGGGCGGCGGAAGGGGGAUUGGAGGAGGAGUGGGGCUGCCUUGCAGUCGUGCGGCGGGGGUUAUGUUGGGGUCGCGUUUUGUGGUUGUAUUUGGAAUGCCCGGACGAGGGGGAUUUGGGCACGCGUGGCGUGUACGGCGUGCGUGGCUUGCACAUUGGGGAUUGCGGGCGCCUGGCUGUGUGGUGUGGCCGGCCGUGGGCGGCGGCGCUCCCACAAUCUUGGGCCUCAGGACCUUAACACCUUGGCGGCAUGGUAAGCGGUGUGUGUCAGGGGCGGUGUGUAUGUUUGCGUGUCUGCGUGUGUGUGGUGCGAGGAAUGAGCCGGCAUGUGUGGCCAGCAGGCGCAGCGGAGGCGAGCCUUCCGGAGGCAGCAGGGGCGGCGUGUGUGCGUGUGCGCCGGACCUGAAGACCUUGGUGGCAUGGUAAGCAGUGUGUGUUGAAAAAAGCCUAUGUGUGUGUGUGUGUGUGUGUGUGUGUGUGUGUGUGUGUGUGUGUGUGUGUUUGGUGUGUGCGCCGCUGGAGGCCAAAGGAGUUUUGUGGAGGCUUGCAAGGGGGGUAGGCGGGGCGGGCAGGCAGGCACAGGGUGCAGGGGGUGCGCGGCGUGGCGUGGCGUGUAAUAACUUCGGACUUAGGACAGCCAAGGAUGUGGAGGGGAGGUUUGGGUCUCGUGUCGCAAGGCUUGGUCGCUCGCGCGUGUGCGUGUGUGUUUUACCCUCGCCGUCGCGUUGCAUUGGCAUGGGCGCCUUCCUGACUGCUUGUUGCCUCAAAGAGUGUGAAGGUGCUUGUGCGCAGCCACCACUAGCGCGCAGAGGACAACUUGGAAGUUAGGACCGGCUCCUUGUAGCAGUGCAGUGCAGUCAGCAGGGAGGGGCAGGCAUGCAACGGCGCGAGCAGGCCGGGCCGCGGGUGGCAGUGUGGCGCAAAGGCAAGACGAGUGAAUGGAGAGUAGCGGAUGGGUAAAGCGAGGAUCUAUUGAGUAGCGGACGGGUACGGCGCCAGCCGGGUGUAAUCGCAAGCCGUA